AUGAACCCAAAUUGGGAAGAAUCAUUGAAUCACUUUGAACGAAUAAUUGAUUCUGGGACUGAGUCCAUGCGUAUAAAAGCUGUGAUCAAAUUGUCUAAACUAUCAAAUCAAGCCCCAGAGUAUAUACUGAGUCAAACAAUACCGAUUCUUAGUAAUCUUAUAGCUGAUGAUAGUUCACAUAAUUCGAGUCCUCUUCAAGGACUGGUUAUUCAUUGCUUAAAAUGUAUUGCUCGGCAAGGAGAUGAUGGUAGAUUAGCAACUGAGAUAGGCCAAUCUGGUGCUCUAUGUUCCAUAUUAAGGUUUUUGCCACAAUCUAAUGCUAGUGUUCAAAAAAUUUGUCUGAAAUGUAUUUGGUGCCUUGUGAAUUUGUGUAAUGAAAAUCGCCUCAUUGUUGCCAUGAAUGGUGGUUUGGAGAUUAUUGUGAACAUGUUGAGUUCAUCCAUGGAUGGUGUUAGAAGGUACUUGUUAGAGAUUUUGAGUGCAUUGUCAUUGGUGAGAGUUGUAAGGAGAGGACUUGUUAGUUUAGGCGGACUUAGAUUUCUUGUUGAGGCAGCUAGGGUUGGUAACAUGUUAUCUAGGGAAAGAGCUUGUCAAGCGAUCGGGUUACUUGGUAUUACGAGGCGUGUUCGUCGUAUGCUUGUUGAUUUGGGUGUUAUAGAUGUUCUCAUGGAGCUGCUUCGAGUUGGAGACGGUGCUUUAAAAGUUGUGGCUGGCAAUACCCUUGGUAUGAUUUUGGCUAAUAUUGAUUACAUUGACUUGGUUGCUCAAUCUGGGGCUAUUCCGUUGUUUGCCGAGCUUAUUCAAGGAUCUGAAUCAGUCGGUCAGGAGAUCGCGGAGGAUGCAUUCUGUCUAUUAGCUGUUGGAGAAGCAAAUGCAGUUGUAAUAGCUGAACAUUUGGUGAGAAUCCUUAGGGAAGGCAAUGCUGAAUCAAAAGCUGCAGCUGCUAAUGUUUUCUGGGAUCUUUCAGGUUACAAGCACACAGUACCUGUCAUCCGAAACUCGGGUGCAAUUCCCCUUUUGGUUGAGCUUUUGAGCUCUCAGAGCAGCGAAGUAAGAGAAACAGUAUCCGGAGCUAUUGCUCAGUUGAGCUAUAGUCAAGCAGAUCGAGAGGCGUUAAACGAAUCGGGGGCUGUCCCUCUUCUGCUUGAUUUGUUACAUGAUGAUUCAGAGGAGCUGAAAGAUAAUGCUGCAGAGGCACUUAUCAAUUUCUUUGAUGAUCCACUGCAGCAUGAGACAAUAUCUCAAGUAGUUGACCAUCCUUCAUUUCGGAGCAUGCAGAACAGACUCGGUAGAAUCCGAGGUGCUUCAGAUAAUCAGACAGUUAGUUCUAUGAGACAGAUGAAUAUCAAUCAAGCAGAGCCUACUAGAGAUUAGUGAAAAAUUCAACAAUUUCAUCGAAGUAAAAAUAGGCCAUUCUCCUCAAAGCCAUUGGCACUUUCAUCUGUGAAAAUUUUGUACAAUGUUGGUCUAUUCAUAUAUUCUUUUUGUUUCAUAGUUCCGUUUUACAAGUCUUUUGCCUCUUCCUAUGGAGCUGUAAGAAUUAGAAAUGGGGUGUCCAUGGGGGAAAUCACAAAUGAGAAAAAAGGAAAAAAAAAAAAAAAAAGAAAAAGAAAAGAAAAAACAAUUAGUAUAAUAUGAUUACUGUCCAUUGGAGCUCUCAUUAUCCUCUUUGUGAUCAGCAAUUACAUAAUGAUCGUCCAAGAGGUUAUCCUCUUGCUUGUUUUCAAAUGUAUCUUCAUUGUGUUUACCAUUAUUUGAGUCUUCAUCCUUGCUCCAUUUCUUCAUGAUUUUUGGUACCAUCGGCGUUACUGUCAUGACAUCUAAUAGUGCCUCCUCAU